GCAUGGCAUGUUGGGAUACCUUUCCCCAUCAUGGCGGAGCAGUUAGUUGGCUAACGUCAACGGUUAGCAUAUUCAGCGAUUGUUUGGUUUCGUGAAAUCUGGGACUGCAGCCGCCUGGCAUUUUCUACACAGGAACUGCAUCCACCGAACAUAAACUGGUGUUGAGUGAAAGAGCAGCACACCAGUAACGUUAAGAGGGCCUUUUAGAAAAUCAAGGCACCGGCAUCAUGGAGUGUGCAGUGGACAUUCCCUCAGCAGGUGAGGAUGAUGCACCUGAAAAAGACGACGUGAAUGCCAAGGAAGGGACUGACCCACCCCACAAGAAAAACAAGAAGCACAGAAAGCACAAGAGCAAGAAGAAGAAAAGAAAGAAGAAGGGCGAGAAGGAGAGCAGUUCAGAAUCUGGUGCCGAAUCUGAUGUGGAGCCUCCACCUCCUCAGAGACCUUUCAGGACCACCAGAGCCAGUGCCAGACUGGCAGCAGCUGCAGGAGCUGGAGAUCAUGCUGGGCUGAAGGAUGAGGGCAAAAGGGAUACAACUGCAGAUCGUGUGGACACAGAGGGUGAUUCAAAAUCCAAAAAACACAAAAGACACGCUGCCAAAAAGAAGAAAAAGAAGAGGAAGAAAGAUGAAAAGCAGGAAAAGAAAUCCCCAUCUCGGUCCCCAUCUGAAAGCAGUUCAGCAUCAGGUUCUGAGUCUGAAGGUGAAGGAGGUAAAGCGGCCGGUGAUGGUAAAUACUCUCCAGCUGCAGCUUCUGACCUCCAAGAACCGGUAUCCAGACUGACUCCGAAAAGCAAACGAGGGGAAGAGAAAGUAGCUCCCAGUCUCUCACAGAAACCUGGAUUGCUUGAAGUAAAGAAGGAGGAGAUGACAGAUAUGGACGUGUCUUCCACUGGAGGGAAGGGUAGUCAUGCCACUGAAUCAGAAAAAGAUACGAGAUCACCAUCUGCAGGCCAGGAUGAGAUAACACAGACAGAAACAGUUAAGGUUAAAACAGAAGGCAGUCAUGGAGAUGGUACAUUCAGUCAUGCCCAGGAACUGCCAGACAUCAUCCCAAAACAGGAAGGUACUACUCCAAGAGAUGACCCAGGCUUGAAAGAUCAGACCAAUGCAGUUCAGAGGGCAAAGGUCCAAGAUUUAUCCAGGUCUCCUUCACCUUCCAGGGGCUUAGACAUCAAGAGAACUGAGUCAGGUCCUAGUCGGUCGCCAUCACCUAAUCUCAGCAGGCAGCAGUCUGGUGGUCAAACAACAACAUUACCGAAAGAACGGCCAAGAUCCCAUUCCAGGUCACCCUCAAAGGGAAAGCAGUCUUCAACUCCUCUGAAGAGUCAUCUGUCCCGUUCUCGGUCCCGCUCUCAAUCCCCUAAAUCUCAGAGGAAGUCUCUCUCUCCCUCCCACAAGUCUCCAAAGAGAGUUAAUCGUCACUCCCGAUCUACCUCUCGCUCCGUCACCCCUAAGAAGAAGGUGUCAAAAUCUCCAAGAAAAUCCAAGUCUCCUAAACGGCGGAGAGGUUCUUUGUCUGCUUCGCCAAAACGACGAAAGACUUCGCCCUCUCCUAAAAGAAAAGCGUCACGAUCCCCUAAACGUGGUGGCCGCAGGUCCCCGUCUCUGUCUCGGUCUCCAAGAAGAAGUCGAAGGUCCCAGUCACGUCCCCGUGGAGGCACUAAGCGUUCCAGAACCCGCUCACCGAGACAUGGUGGUGCAGUUGGUAGGCGUUCAAAGUCGCGUUCUGUCGCUAGAGCCCGCCGCUCUCGCUCUAGAUCGAGACGCCCUGUCGGUCGCUCCAGAUCUCGGUCAUUAAGACGUGCAGGAGGCAGGCGCUCUAGGAGUCGAUCCUUGUCUCGACGCAGGAGGUCACCACCCCCCAGAUCUCGCCGCUCUCGCUCCCGGUCAGUCCGCAGGAGCAGGCGAACUCGGUCGCGUUCCGUUGUUGUGCUUAAGCGCAACCGUCGCUCUAGAACAAGGAGUCCCCGUAAGAGGACCAAAUCCAGAACCCCUCCUUCCCGACGGAGAUCUAAAUCUCGAUCGCCAGCCAGGAGACGCUCUCGUUCCCCUGCCAGGAGAAACCGUUCUCCCCCAAGGUCUGGCAAACGCUCAAAGUCCCGCUCAUUGUCUCGCAGGCACCGAUCAAAGUCACACUCACCACAGCCUGGCAAAAGGAGGUCCAAAUCCCCAAGGAAGAGUGGACGAAGGUCUAAGUCCAAAUCUGUUUCUGCCGGUGUGAACAGAUCUAAGUCCAGGUCCAGGUCUGAAUCAAGUGACAGGGGGUCUAAUAGCUCAUCCCCUGCCAGAUCCUUGUCUUCCUCCCCAGUUAAACAAAAAAUGUCCUCCCCUAAGGCAGAGCAGGCAAGUGGUGGAAAGGCAGCAGGAGAAAAUGAAGGAGUUUCAGCUCCAGCAGGUGCUUGGAAACCGGUACCCUCAGCAACUGCCUCCAGCUCCCAACCUGCAGCCUCUUCAGAUAAGUUACAAGACCAGCUUGGUAAUUGGACAAGCUGGUGUGGUACCCAAAAGGAGAAUACUAGUUCAUCUAAUGAACAAGAUGUUUCCAGGUCCAGGUCUGUUUCCCAAGAGCCUGGCACUGGCCCAGAUGGGUCAGGUGGUUCAGAAGGCUCAGAUGAAGAAGAGGAAUCUCCAGUUAAAAUGGUGUCUAAAAGCCAGAGGAGCUCCUCACGUUCUGCAUCUCCUGAAAUAAAGAACAAACAGCUGUCCAAGCCAGGCUCACCUACAGAUCGCAGGAAACUUUCACGUUCAACUUCAUCACCUCGCCGUUCAGCAUCCAAGUCUAUAUCUAGAAGAAAGCUGUCCAGGUCAAAGUCUCCAGUGAGAAAAAGAGAACCAGUCUCUCCAUCAGAGAGGAAGAAGCGCCGGUCCAAAUCUCGGAGUCCUGCCCGACGGCGGAGUUCACAGUCACGCUCUGCCGCACGACGUAAACAUUCACGGUCCAAGUCGCGUACCAGAGUCCGCCGGUCCAAGUCUCGCUCUCCAGCCCGCAAGAGGCGAUCUCGUUCACCAAAUGCUCGAGGAAGGAGGAGGUCCAAGUCCACGGAGAGAAAAAAGCGAUCCAAGAGUCGCUCCACAGGCCGAAGAAAAAGGUCCAGAUCAGGAGACAGAAGCAGGAGAUCUAGGUCCCGUUCCUCUGAUCGUAGACGCAGGUCAAGGUCAAGGGGUCGAGGGAGGCGCCCGGUGUUUCGCAGCCGUUCCUUCGAUAGACGGGACAGGUGGAAAAGGGAACCUAGUCACUCUCCAGUUCUCAUCCUCCGUAAACAACGCCGCUCAGGGUCCCGGACACGACGCAGCACCAGCAAGACACCUCCACGGCUCACUGAACUGGAUAAGGACCAGUUGCUUGAGAUAGCUAAGGCUAAUGCUGCUGCAAUGUGUGCUAAGGCGGGGGUUCCCAUUCCUGAGAGUCUUCGGCCUAAAGCCAUCCUGCAGCUCCCUUUGCCCACUCCAUCUCCUGCCCCCAUCUCCUUACCUUUACCUUUACCGCUUCCGAUGGGCAUGGGGAUGCCCAACAUGCCGAAUAUGCCCAACAUGGGUCCAAUGGGUAUACCCAAUAUUCCUGGAAUGCCCAGCAUGUCAAACAUCACCAUGAGUGCCGCUAUGGCGAGCAUGACAGCAGCUACUAUGACAGCUGCUUUGACCAAUAUGGGUGCCCUGGCGGCCAUGCCUCCCCUUGCCCCACUUCCUACCAUUACUAACAAGCCUCCCCCGUGCCUUGCCCCCCCACAACCAUCUCUAAACCUGGACCACAUUGAAGAAGCGAAGAGGAAGGUGACUCAGCAGGCUAACAUACAUACCAUCAAGGAGCUUACUGAGAAGUGUAAGAUGAUCGCAAAUAGCAAGGAGGAGAUGGCCAUCGCAAAACCCCAUGUCUCCGAUGAUGAAAGCUAAAACCGUAAAGCCCUCACGCCGCUCAUCCUCAAAGGAGGAGUGAAGGAAAAUUGACAAGAUUCUUUACAGAAGGACUUCCAGUAGGACUUCUUUACAGUUCACCAGAUGACCUGACUGAUUGGAAGAGCACCCUAGUUGUCACAGUUACAAUAUAGGAGCGUCGGCCACUGCCCCAUUCUCCUCAGUUUGUUUCCGUUUGUGUGAGCGAGAGACUGGCAGACUUUUCACCUGUGAUACCACUCAGAAAACCGGACACACUGGUGUGUGCUCAGUUGCGUGACUGUACAGUGAGUGUGUGUGUAUAUAUAGUGACUUUCACCACCAACCCCUCAGUCUUGCUGCAGUCACUGUUGUAAAGACUAAAAAAGGAAACAAACCAAACUAACUAGUGGCGCAAGUGUUUUUGUAAAAGUUCUCUAAGUUUCUCUAAAUUUGUUUUACCUUUAUGCUUUCUUAAAGGAUUGUGUUAAGUGGUCCCUGGUUUUAUAAACAAAUAAUGCAGAUGAAGUUAGUGAUAGUAGAUCCUCACAUGUGAUUUGCUCUCCCAAGGUUGGAUUUCCAGCAUAAGAGGGCGACCACAUGUCGUGUGUUCCAAAACAGGUCGGCAGAUCUGACUGUUUUGAAGGACGGAAACAAAUGAAUAUAUUUGCUGCGAAAGAAGGAGAUCUCUCCAUUCACAAAGCAUUACUAAUUCAGUUAGUACGGCCCUGGGUGUGAGUUCCUUUCCACUGUUUUUACAGCACCAAGCUAAUCCUUUUCUCUAACCUGUCUUUCAUUUGGGCUUUGUUGGGAACAUGCUUUACUUUAGAUUCGAUUGGACAGUCAAUCUUUGACUUUUAACACCAAUUUCACCACUUUCCCUAUUGUAUGUUUUCAUUUAAAUGCACAGAAAGUGUAACAGUUUUAUUCUGACAGUUGCAAUGAUCACUUUGCGGUUUUGUUUUUCUUUCAUCUGUCAUCUGGGUUUUGACUUUUGACUGAAAGCAGUACUGAUUGGUGGCUGUCUUGGUUGUCUGGAACUUGCCAGCCACACAGAACCUACUGUUUAUAUUUGAUACAGGUAUUGAAAGUCCGAGACAACUAGGAUCAGUUGACUGUAUCUUGAACGACCAAGCUCAAGCUAAACAUGUCUUUUUUUCCUGAUUAAAAAUAAGAAAGAUGCACAUGCAUAUUUCCUAAAACGUACUGUAAGUUGAGGAAAUAAUACCCGUUUGUAAACCAUUUCUAUUUUACUGUAUGACUGAAUACCGAAGAAAGACUUGGGUCUUUCAGUGAGGUUUACAUUUUUAAAACAUUUCAGUUUCAGUGGUGUCUUGGUUUUUUUUUUACUCCGAUAACAUAAUUCCCAUUAUUGCUCUGGGGCAGACGAAUGGCUUGUACUGUGUAAAGUUUGAACGUAGAAAGUUGAGAAUGUCCAGAGCUGUGUCACUGUUCAAUGUCUUUGUGUGUUAGACAAUCAGGUUCUUUGUCUCAAGAUGCAUGUUUUGAAGAAAGAACUAUAGCCACAUGAAAAGUACACAUCUUCCAGCGUCGUAUUCGGGUGAUUAAAUAAAGGAGAGGAUGUAUAGUAAUAUGCAAACAUGAAACACCCACCAAGCCUGUUUCAUUUAAUCCACCAACACCUUCAAUACCUGCUUUUUCCUGCAGAUGCUUUUAUCCUGGCCUGUAUUGUACGUGGCUCUGGUUAAACAUAUUUCAAUGAAUGCAUUUGUCCUUUGAAUAACAAUUCAAGAACAAAGAUGAACUUGGUGCUUUUGGGGAAACUGACAGGGAUUCUGGUUUUAAAAAGUCUUGGACUCAAAAUUCACGUUAAUUUUCAUCGGUAGAGGGGGAAUCAUUCUGAAUCCAUCCUGCUCCUCACCCAGGGCUGUUUAACUGUGGAAGAUAAUCUGUGAAGGUUUUGUCAGACUGUAACCGUACUUACUCUGUACCACAAAUGUUGAACCAUUGAAUUGAUUUCCUGAGGUAACCUUUAGCUAUUUUAAUGACAGGAAAAAAAAAGUUGAAAAUGCAUUUUAGGAUUUUUUUUCUUCUUUUGGUUGUUUGAAUAUGACCUCGCUUGCUUUGUACAUAAAUGUGUUGAUGAUUAUUAAAAACCUCAACGAUCUGUA